AUGGCAGGGCACGGCAGACAGACAUCAAGCAAGAAGUGUGUGGCUGGGAUGGGUUCUCCGUUGCCCAGUGGCUUCAUCUGGCGGAACCAGUGGAACCCUGCCUUCUGCAGUUUGGCCAAUUUUGGGACCUUGGAUCAGAUUUACACAUGCUUAAGAGGAAAACUGAUUUAUUUCUUGGGAGACUCAACAGUGCGGCAAUGGCUGGAGCAUCUCACAAACACAGUGAGCACCCUAAAAUAUUUUGACACCCAUGGAACUGGGAAGCUUCGGAAUUUGCUUGCCGUGGACAUGGCUAGGAACAUUCAGGUCAGCUGGAAGAAACACGGCCACCCCAUCAUCACUGCUCAUGAUUAUUCAGUCAAAGAUCACAGCUACGUUGCUUGGGAGAUUGACAGCGUGGCAGGAGACAACGACACAGUGAUUGUCGUUUCCCUGGGCCAGCAUUUCCGCCCAUUUCCCAUCGAGCUCUUCAUCCGAAGGGCAAUUAAUGUGCGGGAAGCCAUCCAGCGCCUCCUCUGGAGAAGCCCAGGUACAACGGUCAUCAUCAAAGCAGAGAACCUCCGGGAGAUGCAUACAGAUCCAGAACGGUUCAGUAACUUCCAUGGCUAUGCCCAGUAUCUUGCCGCAAAAGACAUUUUCCAGGAUCUCAAAAUUGGCAUUGUUGAUGCCUGGGACAUGGCUAUUGCUUAUGAGACCAUGGAUGUUCAUCCACCAUCUUAUGUGGUAGGGAAUCAAAUUAAUAUGUUCUUAACUUAUGUCUGUUAA